UUUCGAGAUGAAGAUAUAAAUAGCAACAAUUCGUCUUCUUAAUUACGGAAAUUGUUUCUUUUUGAAUUAAAGACGUUUAAAAAGAAAAUUACUGAAUAAUAAGUUCUAGUAUACGGAUUAAAUUUCGUCUAAAAAAAUAACUGUUCUGAACAAGUGGAAAACUUAUUUAAAUCCCGGUAAAAGCUAAGCAAUUGGGAAGCAAUUUAUGUGGUCACCUGUAAACUGCUGAAAGUAUGUUCAGUUGGAAAUUAUUACUACUUGGACUAGUAGUUCACUUGAUUCUCUUUUAUUCCAUAUUCGAUAUCUACUUUAAAUCUCCAAUUGUUCAUGGUAUGACACCACAUUCCAGUCCUACUUCACCUCCUGCUAAACGCCUUGUAUUGUUUGUUGCUGAUGGCUUACGAGCCGAUAAGUUCUAUGAAUUACAAGAUGGCAAAUCAAGAUCACCAUUUAUAAGAAGUAUCAUGGAAAAGAAUGGUUCAUUUGGCAUCUCACAUACCAGAGUACCAACAGAAUCUCGUCCUGGGCAUGUUGCCAUCAUUGCAGGAUUUUAUGAAGAUGUUAGUUCCAUUGCUAAAGGUUGGAAAGAGAACCCAGUAGAGUUCGACUCGGUUUUUAACGAAAGCUUUUCCACCUGGUGUUGGGGCAGCCCUGAUAUACUUCCAAUAUUUGCUAAAGGAGAUUCCUACAAACACAUUUACAUGACAAUGUAUGCAGAGGAAGAAAUAGAUUUCGGUGGCACUGACCCAUCCAGGCUUGACACCUAUGUUUUCUCCAGUGUUAAGAAUUUCUUUCAUCAAGCCAAGCAAGAUCCAGACCUUAUGAAGAAGUUGAUGAGUGAUAAAAUCGUUUUCUUCUUACAUUUGUUGGGUAUUGACACAAAUGGACAUUCUCAUCAUCCACAUUCUAAAGAAUACAUAGAAAAUAUCCAAAUUGUUGAUGAAGGAAUCAAAGAAAUGGUUCAUGUUAUUGAUAACUUUUAUAACAAUGAUGGCAAAACAGCCUAUAUUCUCACUUCGGAUCAUGGUAUGACUAACUGGGGUUCCCAUGGAGCUGGUAACCCACAUGAGACAUUGACUCCAUUAGUUGCAUGGGGUGCAGGGAUUCGUACAGCAAUGCCUGCUGGAAAACACUCAGGCUUUACUGAUAAUUUCUCUGAAGAUUGGUUUCUUAGUCAUCUUUUAAGAAAUGAUGUUGAACAGGCUGAUAUUGCUCCUUUGAUGUCUUCGUUGAUAGGCGUCCCCUUCCCAAUGAACUCUGUGGGAAAAUUACCUCUAGAAUAUCUGAGUGGUGAUCUUGGUUAUAAAGCAGAGAAUCUACUUACCAAUGCUAAACAAAUCCUUGCCCAGUACACAGUAAAGAUGAUGCUUGCCCAAAAUACUUCUCUUUCCAUGACAUUUAAACCAUUCAGUGAAUUAACCUCUUCAAUACAGGCCGAGAAAAUUCAACAUAUUCAGAAUCUUAUCUAUGCUGGCCAAUAUGAAGAAGCAAUUGUAGAAGGGAAAAGAUUAAUAGAUCUCAGUUUGAAAGGGCUGCAGUAUUAUCAAACAUAUAACAGAAUGUUAUUGGGUACGAGUGUGUUUUUCAGUUUUGUUGGCUGGAUGUUUUUUGUCAUCUGCCUUUUGUUACAAAAGCAUUCUGGUUUGAUGACGACAAGUUUCCAAAUGCAUAUUAUGAACUUGCGUUGGUGGCCAAUGAAGAAUUUCAUCGACAUUAGUAUUCUUGUAAUCAUAUGUGUUAUUAUUGGUUUCCUCUUUGUGACAUCAUCACCUCUCAUGUAUUACAUGUACUUGCUUUUACCAGUUCUAAUGUGGAGAAGUGUUAUUCACAGGAAAGAUAUUGUAUUUGCUGCUGUCAAGGCUGCUUAUGAAAAUCAUAUUCUCCACUCAGUUGGACUGGAAUUGAUUGUUACUUUUAUAGGGUUGGAGAUUUUGGUCUACAGCUUCUUUGAGAGGAAAGCAAUCGCUAUUGGUCUCAUCUUGAUGGCACUGUGGGCACCACUUUCCUUUAACUGGCAUUACAAUAAGCUUCCAAUUUUAGGCUGGGUUAUUUCCUGCCUAGCGCUUGCCGUUUUCCCUCUCCUGCCAACAGUAAACAAAGAUAGAAAUUACAAAUUAGUGGUAGCAGCUGGAGUUAUAGCUAUUUUCUUGGGGUCAUACAGUCUACAUAAAAUGUUUCCAAGAGAGUCUUUAAUGAAAACAAGGAAGUUUGGACUUUUCCAGGUUUUCUUAAUUGGAUUAGCUGUCUAUAUUGUGCAUUCAACUGCUAAUAAUCUUGCAGUUAAUCAAGGAUUACAACCAAUUAACCAAUGCAUAAGUUGGCUAUUAUUAGGUUCCACAUUUGUUUUGCCACUCUUCAGCAGCCAGCUUGUUAUUGAGCGUCUUCACUCCAUCCUCCUAUCCUUGUACACAUUAUAUACAUUGAUGAGCACAUCUCACGAAUGUCUUUUCAUUCUUUCUUUUUGUUGUUCACUUUUCUUCUGGGUGUGGCUGGAAAGUAUUGUCACCCCUUCACUGCACUUCCAACUGGAUGAUGUGAGAACAUUACAUUUUGGCUCUGAACUCCAAGAAGAGAACAAUUACAUUCGAAUUUCAAAAGAAGACACCCGAAGGGCCUAUUUUUUUAUAUUUUUCAUGUAUACAGCAUUUUUUGGAACAGGUAACAUUGCCAGUAUAAACAGCUUUGAUCCUGCUUCAGUUUAUUGUUUCCUUACGGUGUUCCAUCCUUUCUCUAUGGGAACUCUCUUACUGCUGAAGGUUGCUUUACCAUUCUUCAUUGUGAUCUGUGCUCUGGACACUCUCUGCAUCAGCACCAAUACGUCGAAAAGUAUCUUAUUUUUGAAUGUCUUAAUUAUCUCGGAUGUGAUGGGAUUGCAAUUUUUCUUCCUGGUACAAGACUUUGGCAGUUGGCUGGAGAUAGGCAGCAGCAUCAGUCACUACGUAAUUGCUAUGACUACCAUAAUAUUUAUUUUGUUGUUGGACGUCAUCUGUCACUGCUUCACAACACUACACAUUCCUCUCACCACCUUCAAAACAGCAUAAAAAUCAACAUCACCGCUACCACCACCCGUCCACAAUAUUGAAAUGUUGGAUGAUGAUGGAAUCCUGUUGAUGGUAAUUUCAUAAAGAUUUCAAAGUAUUUUUUAUUACUUCGGUUUUAUGAUUGUUAGUCAUUCAUUCCAUUGGAAUAAUUAAGACAGUGUUUUUAGCUGUUAUUGGUUUCAGCUCCUUUCCCUGGCUCCAGCUCCUUUUUGUUGAGAAUCUUUACAACUCCCUCAAUUAACUCAGAUGGGAUGUGUAUCGAUAUGUUAAUAUUAUGCAUGUGACUGUAUGCAAUGAAAAUGGUGUGUGUGUGGGGGGGGGACUUUACAUAGAGGUCCAAGUACCAAAUGUACAAGCCUUCCAACAGGGAUACAGAGUCUGAGAUGGGUCACUAUUUGUUGGGGUGGUUAGUAGCAGAACAGACAAUGCUUUCAUAUCUUCAUAAUCAUUUUGAAGCUAAGAAAUCUCUCUUGAAGUCCUUAAAGGAAAUAAAUAUUUCUUUAUAAAAUUGAAGACUUUGAAUAAUUUCAAUUAAUUAUAAUCUUAUGGCUGUGGAUAAAGGAUCAAAUAUCGAUAUUUAAAAAA